AUGAAUGAUGAUAAAAGUUUUGAACUAGUACCAAAGGUAUCUGAAUUAAUUCAGGAAUUAAUAAAUAUCUCGAUGUCGCAUGCAACUGAAAAAAUAAAAUUACGUCAUUAUCCGUUAACUCCUCCUAAUUAUAUUGAAAAAACAAAUAUUGCAAAAAAUUCAAAUCCGAUGCCUUCAUCGAGCGUGUCUCAAACUAGUACUAACAUAAUCGAGGAUAUAUAUUCAAGGGCAGCAUUUUGCGACGAAAAUAUCUGUCAUGCUCAUUCAGGACAGGUUGUGAAAGAUAUUAAUAUAAAUAAAAACGAAACUUGUGCAUUGCAAAACCAAACCCAGGUAGAGCAUAUUAGAAAUAGGUCGGGUUUUAUAAAUGUUGCCUUAACAUCAACGAACAAAACUGAUAGUGAUCUAGGUUCACCACGUAAUUUAAAUUUCAACAAUAUUGAAAUGAGAGAUAUGACUACACCUAAUCGAUCUGAUAGAGAAUCUACCAUUAUUAGAUUUAAUAAUAAAGCAGGACCAAGCAAUCAAGAGACAGAUGGCUUUACAGAAUUAUCAGAAAGGAUGACUAGGGAAGAACUUCACGAGUAUUAUGUUCAGGUAUUUCGUAAUCACUGUAAAGAAUUACCUAUUAUAGCGACCACAUUAGAUUUGGCGGAACUGGCUCGAGAAGGUGUAUUGCACAACAUUUUAAAAAUAUUCUUUAUGUUACAACAACACCCCGAUAUUGAAAACGAUUACAGAUAUUUUGAAAUUUGUUUAGAGGAUGAAAUCGAUGGGCUUCUAGAUCUAUUACCACAAACAGAGGAAAUGAAAAAAAUAAGAGAAGGUUGGAAAUCAAAAUUACUUAUGCAUGCUAUUCAAAUGCUAAAACAUAUACAUAAAAUAAAAGAUGAUACCCAAUUUAUGAUUAAAAUAAAUAGAGUAUUAAAUAGAUUCCGGUUAAUACAAGAAAGCGCAAUAGAAAAUAAUGAAGCACAGCAGCUAAAUGCUUUAAGAACCGCUGAGAAUUUUUUAGUGUCCACAAAUUAUCAAGAGCAAAAUCCAUUAAAAGUAAAAAUUUAUGUUCAACGAUUAAUGAAUUAUAUUAAUCAAGUAUACAACAUGGUCAAGAAAAGUGAAGGGAAAUCAUUUUUACUUUUACCAAUUGAUGAAAUAAAUGAUGUUAUUUAUGAAGAGCUAAAAAAUGUUCCAAUACCUAAUGAUGAUAUUACGAAAGAGGAAAUUGAUCUGGUGCACUUAAACGAUGAAAUUGAAAAAUGGUAUAAUGAACUGCCUAUUGAACCAGCAGAAGGUUCUAUUGCCAUAAAAAGGAAAAUUUUAACACUAACACUUUCUAAAAAAAUACAUGAAAUGGAUAUGCAUAUGGAUUUAAAUGAACCGUCCAUUGAAAGAAAUAUGAAACAUGAGAUAAGCAAAUUUUUGUCAACGGGGCAAGCUGGCCUUGAAAGAGACGAAGAUUUAAACAUUAAUUUUAUGGUUGAAGAACUUGCCAAUAGAUUAAGAAAAAUAAGGCAGGAAAAGAUGUUAGACUACGAGUCAUUCACUAAGCAUUUGCCAUUUAGCUCAACUAUUGUCCAACAUGACCAAUUUAAUCAAGGUAAUGUUCUCCAAUCGAAUGAAGAAGUUCAAUUUAAUGGACAGAACCAACUUAGUAACUCUCAUGAUAUUCUUAAAGAAACCAAAAGUAUAAAUAAAAAUGAAGAAAAUAUUAUGAAGCUGGAACCAAUUGCAAGAUCCACAGUAAAAGGAAUUUUGGGUAAAAGUCAGUUACCGGGGCCAAAUACACGUGGAGAUCAUUUAUCUUCACCUGUGUGUGGUCCAAAAGCUUGUCAGACAAGAAUUUCGCCUAAAACAGCUUCACUUUUCACUCCAUCAAGUAGUAGUCCCGCUAGAAACACCAGCGAUGCGGGACAAUUUCAUGGAAUAAGUGAAAUUGAAUAUACGUCUCCCACUCAAUCAACUUCUAUUAAUACAAAUAGAAGAAUUAAUAAUCUAGCCAGAUUUAAUCAACUACAACAACAAAAACCUGAUAAUGAUUCAAUUCGUGAUAGUGACAACAGACAUACCAAUGAACUGAAUAACGAUAUACAUCUAGCAAAACAGGAAGAUGGUAGAUUACCAUCUAUUGGUCCCACCCACGGCACCGCAUCUACAGCUAAUGUAGCUCCUGGUAUUUCACAAGAUUGUAGAAAUAUUUUACACAUAGAUUCCGAUAGAGACAGAGAACAAAAUAGAACAAGAUGCCGAUGUGCAGAAGGCGUUUCAAGACGAAGAAAGCGUUUUAUGUGCUGCUGUGAGAAGUAUGUAUCAAUGCCUUAUUGUUGUGUUUAUCCCUUUCCAUAUGAUCAUUUCUUAUAA